CCCUGCACAUCCCCACGGCCCCAGGGCCCAGCGGGUGGCGAGACGCGAACUCUUUGCGUUACAUUGAAUGGCAUGAAACAGGAAACCAGAUGGAGAGUGAGGCAGCCCGUUUAAAUGUCAGUGUUCCUCCUUUUCCUCCUCCCCCAGGUUGCAUUGCCCUCUCUUUCCCCCACCAUGCAAGCAGGCACCAUCGCCCGUUGGGAGAAAAAGGAAGGGGAAAAAAUCAACGAGGGCGAACUCAUUGCAGAGGUUGAAACUGAUAAAGCCACGGUGGGAUUCGAGAGCAUGGAGGAGUGUUACAUGGCAAAGAUACUUGUUGCUGAAGGCACCAGAGAUGUUCCCAUUGGCUCAGUCAUCUGUAUCACAGUUGAAAAACCUGAGGAUGUGGAGGCCUUUAAAAAUUAUACAUUGGAUUCGGCAGCACCCACCCCACAAGCAGCCCCAGCACCAACCCCUGCUGUCACUUCUUCGCCACCUACAUCUUCUGCUCAGGCUCCUGGUAGCUCAUAUCCCACUCACAUGCAGGUGAGGCGCAGCCUCUGGCUGCCUUCUCUAAAGGGUUAA